GUGUUUGCGUUUGUAGCGUUUACCAUUGUUCAUGAGCUGGAGGGCAGAUUCCUGUCCAGCGGUAUGUCGCUUUGGCGCAUGCGGAGGCCACGUGCCUACGUUGUAUUUGCGUUGUACUCGAAGCUUUGUUAGCGCGGCGUAGCGUGGCGUUCCAGUAGCGUAGCGUUUCUCUUGGUUCUGCCCUAGUUGUGGUUAGCUUGGUUUCUCAGUUCGAUUAGCAUAGCUUUUUCUCUUGAUUCUUUCAAAGUUUUUUCCGGUCGAAGUGGUUUUCGUUGCCGUGAUUCGUCGUUUUUCCUGUUGUGGUUCGUCCUCUGCUGGGGAGUUUUUGGUUGUCCUCUGUAAUGCCGCGCCCAUCUCGUUCGACCAACAACGGCUUAUCGGCGGGCCUUCCUACCGAAGACCCCCUUCCAUCUACGGCAACGUCUGAAAGUCCUGUGUCGAGUACGGCUUCUAGCUCUUGGUCGCCUCAGUUGGCUGACUCCCUCACCGAGGCUGUGGUUCGGGCAAUCGGAAACUCCAUUCCCGCCAUUAUUUCAUCGAUCCAGAGAAACGCCUCCUCGCAGGCUUCUUCUUCGGUUCCAGGCGUUUCUGCUAGCCGGGCUCCACAACCUUUAUUUUCUUCAGCGUCCGCUUCGAGUGCAAGUACAGGUGACGGUGUUUCUUCGGUGGCUUCAGGUACGUUUACCCUUCCCGCGUUUGUUCCUACGUUUACGCCAGUGCCGGCUAUUACCGUCUCGAGCUCGGCCCGCCCCGCGGCUCCUACUCCCUCCACUUUCGUAUCGCCCGGCGUUACUAGCGGUCUUCCAAGCCUUGAGUCUUCGUUGGCAUCUCCCAAGUCUGAGAAGGCUUUUAUCGUUGGUCCGGGGCAUGCCCCUAUUCCCUCAAAACUAGUGUCAAAAAUUGUAGGCGGCCAGUUUGUCGAAUUAGCAGAUUUGUUGUCCGUGAACCUUCGCGCCGUGGAGCAGGAGCCGCAAACGUUCCUCGAUGGUAAGCUCGUGGUGUCCUCGUCAAAACGCAGGCAAGUGGAAAUAAAAGACAUUUUGACUUGGACGGAAGCCUUCACUAUUUUUCAGAUGGUGCUGUGUGCAGCUCACCCUCAUCGUUGGCCCGAUCUCUCCAAGUAUAAGCUGCUUAUCAUUCAAACGGCUCGUCAUUUUUCUAGUUCAGCUUGGUUAGAGUAUGACCUGGCGUUCAGAAAGGAUGCGGCUGCCUCUGGCCUCAGUGACUGGUCAAGGAUGAACUCAGACCUAUACAACUUUCACUUAAGGUCUUCAGCCAUGGCCUCACCCCCGCCACCUCGGUCGUCUUCUUCCACGGCAUCAGCUUCACUUCCUGCCGCCUCCCGUGACACCAGCCUGGUCUCUCCUUUUUGCCAUUCAUGGAAUUACGGGCAGUGCCGCUGGCCCUUUGGUAGGUGCAAAUAUCGACACCGCUGCAGUAACUGUGAGGGUGAACACACCCAGAUCAAUUGUCCAUUUCCCAACUCCUCUAGCGCACGAUCCCGAUCUCCCCAACCCGGGGGGAGAGGGGGACGGUACUGA